AUGUCUGCCAAAGAGGACCCUACAGUGGAGACGAAUGACAAUGAAAUACGUGCACUGCAAGCUCAUUUCCCGCAUGUAGCCUUUGAUUUUCACAAGUUUGCCAAAGACAUGGAGGCAGAAUUCCAAGAAGUCCGUGAACAGCUGCAAAAGAGUUACAACCCCACCAUGAGAAAUUAACACAACAGAUUAAAGUCCUUCUUGUCCUAUACAUCUCAUUCAUCAUGGUCUUUGACAGAAAUGGCAGCUGCUGUUUAUCACACGCUUGUUAAAUCCAGUGUGCAGUGUUUUUGCUGUGGAUUAGUUUUGUUUACCAUGAAGGUUAGAUGCACCCCAUACAAACAGAGGUUUUGUCCCACUUGUGAAUUUGUCCUGGGCAAAGAGGUGGGUAAUAUUUCAGAGUACGACAUACGUGUUCAGAAGUCGGAGAAGAACCAAGCAGAGCACGCCUACAGGUACAGCGCGGAGGAUGCAAGGUUGCAGUCCUUUGACGGAUGGCCGUUCCAUGCCAGACGAACAAUGCCCAAUUUGCUUGCCAGAGCUGGGUUUUUCUUGACAGGCAAGAAAGAUACAGUGUAGUGUUCUUGUGGUGGAUGUCUAGGAAAUUGGGAAGACGGUGAUGAUCCUUGGAGGGAACAUGCUAAAUGGUUUCCUGGGUGUGAAUUCCUUCAAAGUAAGAAAUCAAGUGAGGAAAUUAAAAAGUAUGUUGAAACCUACAGUUGAAACUCCUAUGUUGUUGGAGUGAUAGGGAGGCAUUUCACAGCUUCCUUUAUCAAGGAGAAUUUACCUACUGCAACAGGCAACCUUGUCUUGAACAUCUUUGAGGAUGACGGAGUUCGACUGGACUCUUCUCAAACUUGGCCAGCAGAAGCCCAUGUGGAAGCCACUGCUCUUCCUAAAGCCUGUUUUUUUCUAUACAGGUUUGAACCAAGUUUGGUACAGUGCUUCAACUGUGCAGGUUGCUUACAGGAAUGGGAAGAAGGUGAAGAUCCUAUGGAAGAACAUGCAAAAUGGUUCCCUGAGUCCAACUGCUCGGAAGUACUUGGAAAGUCACUGGAAGAGCAACCAGAGAGCCCAUUGACAUUACAGUCUGCACAGCAAAGUCCCUGUAAAGCAAAUCUUGAAGAGAAAGCAACCCUACAUUCUGUAGGAGCUGACAUGACACUUGUUGAAAGUCAGUGUCUUCACGAAGCAAAGAACUUGAUGGAACAACUUACAAAGCCUUACAACAAUAACAGCUUCAGCAGAUUGUUUUCCUUUGGGAAUUCAAACCAUUUGGCUAUUGACUUCAAAUUACCGUAUGGGGACCUAUCCGUUGUCUCAAAGGAUAUUAAUGAUCAACCAUUACAGCAGCUCUUUCUUCAUUAAAUCCUUGUGAACAUUAACUCCACAAUUGUGCUGGAAGGUGAAGCAGGAUGUGGAAAAACAGCAUUGCUCAGGAAAAUAGCUCUUCUUUGGGCCUCAGGCUGCUGCCCUAUUCUGAGCAGGUUUAAGUUUGUAUUUUGUCUCUCCCUGACUUACGCAAGAUCAGAUCAGAGCGUGGCUGAUAUUAUAUGCAAUCAACCAGUAGGAUUUGUGGGACCAUUAACAGAAACAACUCUAAGAGAUGUAAUUCAGCCACUGAAAAACCAAGUCUUAUUUCUUUUGGAUGACUAUAGUGAAAUGAAUUCAGUGCCCCAAAUUGUAGAAGAACUCGUACAAAGGAACCAUCUCUACCAGCAUUGUUUGGUUGUUGCUGUCCGCACUAACAGGACGAGAGAAAUUCACAAGUAUGCAACCACCACUUUAAGCACUGCAGAGUUCCCUCUGUCCGGCACUCUGUAUGUACUAAAGAAAUUGUUCUCCUACAAUAUCGACCUUGUGGAGCAGCUUCUCUUUCAGCUGGGGUUUGAAAAGUCUAUGCAGACCAUUCUAAAGACACCGCUUUUUAUGGUUCUCACUGUGUAUUGGGUACAGCACCCAAAGGGUAACAUCAUCAGUGACAAGGCUAUUUUUAAGCUCUAUCACUUACUAAAAUACAGUGAAGAAAGAGAACGUAUACUGGCUAUGUUCUCAUGUGGUGAGCUUACCUUAACUGCUCUUUUUAAGCCCUCCUUUGACUUCACUGAGUAUGAUCUGUCUGAAGCAGGAGUUGAUGAAGAUGAAGCUGUUAGGCUGCGUUUACUGAGCAAAUUUACUGCCCAAAGGCUUCAUCCAGUUUACAAACUCUUUCACCCUUUGUUCCAGGAGUUUCUUGCAGGGACAAGACUGAGGGAGCUCUUGGCUUCUGAUGACAACAAAAAACUGGAGCGAGGGCUGCAGUACUUGCAGCAAAUCAACACAUUUAGAAAAGUUGCUGGGCACUAUAGUUUUUUAUUGGUUUACACUUGCAGCUUUUCUUCUAAAGCAGUCCCCCAAAUUAUAUCCUACUUCUUUAAAUUGAUUAACUGCAAGGAGUCAUUGGAAAGCCAGUCAGAAAAUUAUGAAUAUCUGCAGCACCAUUCAGACCUUCCCAUAAGAAUGCUCUUCAUUGACCAAAGAAUGUUCUUAGAUCCAAACCUGCAUCUUCCAGUUUUCAUUCAGUAUUUACUUGACUUUGCUACUUCUGUAGUUUAUGAGAGUAAUACUGUCUCUGUGUGUGCCCCAAUCAUUUUUCAAUUCCUAAGAGGCAAAGGUGUUGUAAGUUCAUUUUUAUCACCACAAAAAUCUAAGCUGCGUUUUUUUCGGGGUUACCCAGAAUCGUUGUCUCUACCCAGUAGUUUUCAGGUUGCAGUACAAGGAAGUGAACACAAACAAGAAUUUAAUAUAUCUGAAAUAGGUGCUUGCUGGUCUUCACUGGAGAUGCCAACAAUUGACCAGGAUUACACUCCUGCGUUUACACUUUUUAAUGACAUGGCACAAAAAAUGGAAGAGAAAAAAAACAUUAAUAGCUUUUUUUCACUGAUACGAAGACAUCUACCAGACUCCAUCAUGUGUCCUUUCCUACUUAAAAAAGGGAAGAUGGUGCUUUUAAAAUGUACAUUCAGCAACAUCAGUUCCUUUCAGGAAGCUGACCUCAGAAAUCUGAUGACAUUGUUUUCUGUUUCGGAUUAUAUUGAACUUCAGCUGAAUAACAGUUCUGGAUUCAUAGAAGUUAUCAUCUGACCUGCUAUUGAACAGUACAAGGAACAUUUUAAAAAAUGUAGUUUACAUCAUCUUAACUUGAGCAUAACAGAGCAAGAAUUACUGCUCUCAAUGUGUUUUGUGGAAUGUCUUGAGACAGAUGAAAAAGAAAUGCCAGAACUACUUUUUUCAAAUUUGGACAAAUUCAUCUGCCUGGAGGAACUGUCAGUGAGUCAAUGUGAGAACUCAAUAGUGAAGAGCUACCAAGACCUCUCUGUUUUUCACCUGGACUGCUCCAGCUACUUCAAUUCUGAAUCCCUUCUGGCAGCAAUUUCUUCAUACAAGAAAUUAACAGAAAUCGAGUUAACUGGGUUAUUUUUGAGAGAUCGAGAUUUCCUUUCUCUAGCUGCUGCUCUGCCCAAUUUUGUGUCUCUCAAAGUGUUGAAUCUUAAAAGCCAGUAUUUUGAUGCCAAGGAAGUUUGUGAAAUCUUUGCACACAAUUUAGGUGUUCUUCGUAACCUGGAGGAGCUCAUCCUUCCUGCAGGGAAGGGAAUAAAGUCUGCAGCCAAACUGAUUGUUCAGCAGUGUCUACACCUGCUGCGCCUCAGAUGCUUCUCACUUACCCUAUGUCUGGAUGAUGACAGCCUGUUAGAUACAGCAAAGGUUGCAAACUGUGGAGGUUCCCAGAAGCUUGAAAAGCUCUCACCGUUAGUAAAUCCCAACGUUACAGAAACUGGUUGGAGAAACUUCUUUAGAACACUUCUUAACAUGCCUGCUUUAAAAGAGCUGGACAUUAGCCAUAUGCUCACACAUCAGAUCAAAGCCAGUGCACCAAAAGUGACAGUUUUUGUCCAGUGUGUUUCUCAAUCGCCUGGUCUUGUGACAAUAGUAAUGGUGGGUUGGCUCCUUGAUGCAGAAGACCUUAAAAUGUUUGGUAUCAUGAAGGAGCAGCACCCCCACUCUAGGAGUUUACAGUUAUCUUGGCAAUGGGUCUUGCCACUUCCACCAAUUUUUCAACACUAG